AUGCGCGUGGGACAGUUCAUACACAAAUAUUACAGCUAUCCAGUGGCUCGAUCUGCUGGUACGCUGUUCGCAGCUGUCAAUCCUGGAAGCUGGACCUAUAUUGAACUAGAACGGGUGACCAGCGGAGCACGACCUCUGUCAGCCAAUGGCAGCGCUACCACAAACAACCGAAACAACAACGAGGAACGCCGAUUCGCUGACAUCAUCAAAGAGAAGCCAAUCAAAGUGACCGUCCGCGUGCUGGUACCAGUUAAGGAGCAUCCCAAGUUCAAUUUCGUGGGCAAGUUACUCGGUCCCAAGGGUAACUCCCUCAAGAGGCUCCAGGAGGACACGAUGACGAAGAUGGCCGUUCUCGGCAGAGGUUCCAUGAGAGACAAGGCCAAGGAGGAGGAGCUGCGUGCGUCCAGCGACCCCAAGUACGCCCACUUCAACGACGACCUGCACGUCGAGAUCACGGCGUUCGCCCCGCCCGCGGAGGCGCACGCGCGCAUCGCCUACGCACUCGCCGAGGUCCGCAAGUUCCUCGUGCCGGACUACAACGACGAGAUCCGUCAGGAGCAGAUGCGCGAGAUGCAGCUGCUGAGCGCGCCCUCCGCCGUCGCAGCCUCCGCCGGUGCCGACGUCCUCUCGCCAGCCUCCCCAGCUGGGUCGCCCACAGGUGCGGCGGGCGCCGCGGUGCAGAACGGCCGCGUGCAGGCGGUGCCGACGACGGGCGCCGCUCUCGUCUACGGAGGGCAGCCCAACGGGCGCGCCGCGACGGCUGCGGCGGCGGCGGCAGCGGCGGCGGCGGGCUACCUCUACCAGCCGCAGCAGCUGCUGCUGCACCCUGCCUUCCGCGGGCUCGCGGCCGCCAGACCCGCAGCCCUGCGCAGCGGCGGCUCCAUCCUGAGCCGGCUGCGACCGGCACGCUCGCGGCCCGUGCUGCCGCUGCUGUCCCGCGACGGGUCGGAGGCGGAAGCGCAGCCCGAUGUUGUGGACCCCGCCGUCAGCCCCGCCCCCGCGCCGCAGCUCUACAACCUCUACGACUCGUACGCAGCCGCCGCCGCAGCCGGGUACGGCCUGCUGGACGGCUACGCCAACGGGGGCGGCCUCAUCGCGCCGGAGACCAUGGAGGAGCUGUCCGCCGCUGCCGCCGCGCCAGAGGCCGUCGCCACUUCCGUGACUCCGGACUUGACGGGCCGCGCGGACGCGUCCGUGCUGAAGAUGGACCGCACGCGGUACCGGCACGACCCGUACGCCCGCUACACCGGCCUGAAGUUGCCGCUGUAACUGCCAGCGAAACGCCUGCCAGCUGACUGCGGGGGCCUCGACGUCGACGACGGUGAAUGCGGCUGCGAAGGUUACUCUGCGGCGACUGGAAGCGAUCCUCACUGUAAACGUAGCAGCAGUCAGGGCCUUAAUGGUUUGUACUUGAGUUCAAGUGGGGAUCCGGAAGAAACGAACAAGUGAGGACCUGCACUAGUGGAUUAACACAUAAGGUCUCUGAGUCUCUGACACUGAGUUUGCUCCUCGAUUCGUUCGUUACUUUCAUAUUAUUUGUUACAUCUCCUUUCCAUUCCUUUCGAUUACCCCUCUUGACAAACAAAACAAAGAGAACAGUUGGCUACUUGCUCAGUGUUCUGUAUAUGUGGGAAGAAAAGUAUCAAUGAGAAACAAAGACGAGUCUUAUUUUUAUGUUAUACUAAAUAAAUUACAGGAAGAAUGACUUCCUAAAAUAUAUUUCAUGUAAAACCCUUUUCCAUAUUCACUUUGAGGUGAUGAUG